AAAAAUAAUAAAUAGAGGACGAACCUGAACCGAGAAUAGGCCCGCCGCCAACUCCCGUCGCUCUCCAGCAACGACGCCUCCAAAGAUCGUGGUGCUUCUAUCCUCCUCCAAUGGCGAUCUCCACGCAACUGGGUCUCUUCGCCUCCAAUCUCUUCAUCCCCCGAAGCAACCCCGCCGGAAUCCGGCCUCGAACCGGCGGAAGUGCGCUGGUCUCCGUCCGCUGCGGCGGCCUGCGCGCCGUCAGCAACGAUGAGAGCACCAUCGCCCUCGAGCCGGACUUCGACACGAAGGAGUUCCGCCAUAACCUCACCCGCAGCGAGAACUACAACCGCCGCGGCUUUGGCCACAAGAAGGCGACCCUCGAGCUCAUGAACCGCGAGUACACCAGCGAUGUCAUCAAGACGCUGAAGGAGAACAACAACGAGUACACGUGGGGCGACGUGACGGUGAAGCUGGCGGAGGCCCACGGAUUCUGCUGGGGGGUGGAACGGGCAGUGCAGAUCGCGUACGAGGCCAGGAAGCAGUUUCCCGAAGAGAGAAUGUGGUUCACCAACGACAUUGUCCACAACCCGACGAUCUGUAAGAGGCUGGAAGAGAUGGAAGUCCACAAUAUACCUGUCGAGAGUGGGAGGAAAAACUUAGAUGUUAUUGAUCAGGGUGAUCUUGUUAUUUUGCCUGCAUUUGGAGCUGCUGUGGAUGAGAUGUAUACCUUGAGUCAGAAGAAAAUACAAAUUGUUGAUACAACUUGUCCGUGGGUGUCAAAGGUCUGGAAUACUGUUGAGAAGCACAAGAAGGGGGAUUAUACGUCAAUUAUUCAUGGUGUAUAUAAUCAUGAAGAGACUAUUGCCACUGCUUCUUUUGCAGCGAAGUAUGUUAUUGUGCAAAACAUAACUGAGGCGACCUACGUUUGUGAUUACAUUCUUGGUGGUCAACUUGAUGGGUCUUGCUCAACCAAAGAGGACUUCCUCCAGAAAUUUAAACAUGCUAUUUCUCUGGGAUUUGAUCCUGAUGUUGAUUUAGUGAAAAUGGGCAUUGCCAAUCAAACUACAAUGCUCAAAGGUGAAACUGAAGAGAUUGGUAAAUUGGUUGAGAGGACUAUGAUGCGUAAAUAUGGAGUAGAAAAUAUUAAUGAGCAUUUCAUUAGCUUCAAUACAAUUUGUGAUGCCACUCAGGCAAGACAAGACGCAAUGUACAAGCUGGUCAAUGAGAAACUUGAUCUCAUCCUGGUGGUUGGUGGAUGGAAUUCCAGCAAUACCUCACAUCUACAAGAGAUUGCUGUGCUCCAGGGGAUUCCAUCUUAUUGGAUUGAUGAUGAGCAAAGAAUUGGACCUGGAAACAGAAUAAGUUACAAGCUAAAUCAUGGGGAGCUUGUUGAGAAAGAAAGCUGGCUACCUCUGGGUCCCAUCACAGUUGGAGUAACCUCAGGUGCAUCAACACCAGAUAAGGUCAUCGAGGAAGUCCUUAUUAAGGUAUUUGAAAUCAAACGACAGGAUGCCUUGCGGUCGGCAUGGUUUGAGGGAGGAGCUGGAGCUCUGCAGGAUUUGGGAAGCUAGCCGAAGCAAAUGGUGGCACCUGUGUGACAUCCUAGAUGGAAUGCCGCGGUAGCACCAGACUAGCAUUCAAGUCUUUUACUUUUUGCUGAAUAUGUAUUUGGUCUAUAUUGUACAGAUCAAGGUAUUCACAGCGAUCAAUUUAUACAAGCUGCACUGACCUUUCACAGAAUUGGAUAAGGUAACCGAGCAAAUGUUAAGAUACAUUUCACCAAUACCUUCUCAUCUGAGUAAUGUCCGCUGCAUACGAUGAUCUGGAAUAUUUUGAUCA